AGAUAAAAGGGAAUAAUGUAUAGUUAUGUAUGAAACUCGAGAAAAAGUGGUAGGUGUGUGUUUUACUAUCUACUCAAAAAAUAAUGUACUAAACAAUUGGAAUUGUGAACAAAAUAAUGUACAAAAGAACAUAAUGUGUUGAAUAUCGUCUUCUCCUUCUCAGCAACUUGUUGGCUUUGACUUGGGAAAUAAAAAAAUUACUUGGGUCUCCAAAUUUAGCUUCAAAAAGUGUUCCAAAAAACUGCUGAAUCAAAUGAGUAACAAGGAAAAGCUCCUGAAAGAUGAGAAAUCCUCUUCAAGAUCCAAAAGGAAACUGCAAUUGAUUGUAUGUCUGUUAGCUCUCUUCAUUCCCAUAAUCGUUGCUGUUAUUUGUGCUUCAAUAAUACUUAAACAACAAACAGAGUCCAACUCAUUGUCGUUUUUCCCAACAAACGCUAUUACAUCAGUCUGUGAUCUCAUCAGCGGAGAUCCAGACUCAUGCUUCGACUCCAUUGCUACACUUCACUCUGCCCAAAUCCCGUCUCGACAUGAAAUUAACCCAUCUCAGAUCUUCAUUCUUUCACUUUAUGCUUCACGAAUCGAGCUUGAGAAUGUCGUUACUUCAAUUGAAAAGUCAAUCUCAGAGGUAGCCAUGAUUAAACUUGAGAGUGUUGGGGUAUUGAGGAAUUGCCAAGGAAUGAUUGAAUUCUCUCUGAAGAAACUUAAUGAAUCGGAAAUGAGUUUGGGUAUUGACCCAGCUGAGAAAACAUUGGCGAUUAAUAAAGUUGUUUGGGAUUUACAGCUGUGGAUUGGUGAGGCCAUGGGUAACGUACAGGGAUGCUAUGAUUUGUUGGAGAAGAUUCCGUCGACGACGGUUAGGGCGGAAAUAAGAAGGAAAAGCUAUGAAGCUCUUCAAAAGAUGAAGAAUAGCAGAGGAAUAUUGCAAAAUAUGGAUGAGAUUUUGGACCUGUUUUAUCCCAGAAUAGGAACAGCAUUAGUCUCUCUUGCUUGGGAAUAUGACUAUGGGCGAACUGUUUGGCUCUUUUGCUUUGAGUAUUUGCUUUUGAUUUUCCUUUUUUGCCUGCUGUUACGCAUAUAUUGAUUUCCAUUUUGUUAUGUAUUUUGGGUUGUACAAUAGUUACAUGGUGCCCAAAUUCAAAUAUUGUGUGUCUGCAUUUUAUUUUUUAAUGAAGUCCAGCUUAAAAUCUGUAAGA